GAGGAUGUAUGGGGGUGCGCGGGUGAAGAAUGGGGGAUGCGCAAAGGGGGCUGGGUCAGUAAUAGGCCCAAGGCCUUUUCAUUCUCCAGCUCAGAAACCCUUAGGGGUUCUCUCACUCUGUGCAUCACACAGCUUCACUCAAACGAGACCCCAAGGUCUCUUUCUCAGGAAACCCAGAGAUGCUCCUCCACCCUUCAACAGCCACGCCCCAGCCACCGUCCAAACAGCCACCGCGGGAGGGCCCUCUAUCCGGUCCAACUCUCCGUUGUCGACGCCACCCAGGCCGCCGCUGGUCACUGGCCUCAGAUCCGCCUCCUCUCCCUCUCGCUUCGAGGACAGCAGCCCAAGGGAGGGUCUUCCUCCGCCACACACGCACCAACACUUCUUCAAAUCGACACCGCGAACCUCCGUCCAUGGCGUCGCCAGUAAGGACGCAUGCCACCGGAGUCGUCGUCCGAGCUAACGCACCAGGCCGCCUCCUUCUCCUUUCGAAAACGGCGACCCCAAGGAAGGGUUUUCCUCCGCCUUCAUCUCCGAUUCCUUCGAGUCCAACGACACCCAUCAUCAUCAUCCUCAACCACCGAACCCUCCUCUCCGCCUUCAACAUUCACCCAUUACCAGGCAACUCAGCCUCCGACAACCGUGAACCACACCAAACCUAUAAGAAACAACCUAAACCAUUCCCAAAUUACCAUCGACUUCUCCGUGCCUUAAGGAUUUUCCCGAAACCACCGAACCACCGUCUUCUACCUCUGCGUGUCUCUGUAAUAUAUUUUGUGUUUGUUUGGUUGGGAAUGGGGUGUGGUGAUAGCCGUGAGUGUGAAUACGGCUAUGGUGAUGGAGGGAACGAGGGAGGAGGGGAUGAGUCAGUGAAGAUGAAACCACUGUUCGGUUAUUUUUUCUUUCUGUUAUAUGAUUUUCUGGGAUACAGCAAAGCCAUGUUUAUGGUGUUGGAGUGGUGGUCUCGCUGGAGAUAGCCGAGAGCUCGAACCGCUGUGGCAAGACCACUUCGUAACGUAGUGAUGAGGUGAGCUCCAACGGGUUCGGUUAUUCAGAGGUUAAGCGGCGUUGGCAGAGAAAGAGCAAAGGCUUGAAGUGCAUGGGUUGAAGAUGAUGGAAGAGAAUGAAGAAAGUGAAGUGUGCUUUUGUUGAUGAUGCAGAUGCAAAUAGAAGCUGGAGCAAAAGCUCUACGAGUAGCAGUCUAUUCGGUCAGAAACCGAAGGAAGACAAUGGGGCGUCUCAACUCGCAUUAAGGUGAGGCGAGCGUGAAUAAGGGGUGAUAUUGGGUGGAAGUGAAUGAAACAGUGAAUGAAACAAUAACUGAAAAUUCACACAUCAGUAAUGGCUAUGGAUGCAGCUAAUAUAAGUUAGGGAUACUUACCUUCAAUGAACGAGUAGCCCCCUCCUUCCUCUACUUUUCCUCCGCUCUUCCAACCCUUGCACUCUCCUCUCUUUUUUGUGAAUAAUCUCCCCAUCAGCAAUGGAUGAUCCACGAAGAUGAAGGCCCCCCUUGCUUUUCUGUGCUUUUUUCUUCUGCCACUUCGUAUGCGCCAAAUUACCUUGUACCAAUUUCGUACGCCCCUAAUGCCUUUGCCACCACUUUCUCUCUGCAGAAAACCGUUUCUGCCUCUCCCCCUCCAGCACACACACUGUUUUUGUCCCCCAACCCGAAAACAUUCUCUCUUUUCUCAUAUCUUUUUUCUUCUUUUUUUUUUCUUUUAACCAUAUUAAUUAUAUUAAGCAAAAUAAACUUUAAAUAGGUAAAA